UGUUUGUGUGUAUGUGCGUGUUUGUGUGUGUGGGUGGGUGGGUGUUUGUGUAAGUGAGUGUAAGGUUUUUAACCCGUAGGCUUGCUGUGAGUAGCCAGAAUUCAUUCAUGGGUUAUGCAGGUUGCCAGAUGGAUGCCAGAGACAAGCAGCUUUUACGCUCCCUGCGCCUGGAGCUCUGCACGGAGGUGCUGGUGGAUGGACUUGUUAUUCAGUAUCUCUACCAAGAAGGGAUUCUCACAGACAGUCAUGUUCAAGAAAUAAAAGCCCAAACCACUAGUCAGAGGAAAACCAUGAUGCUCCUUGAUAUUCUCCCCACCAGAGGACCCAAAGCUUUUGAUGCGUUCUUGGAUUCCUUACAGGAGUUCCCAUGGGUUAAGGACAAGCUGAUCCUGAAGCGUAAGGAAAUGACAGUACAAGAUCCUUCAGACUUAACUGAAGUUGCACCAUGCAUUUUGAAGAUGUCACCAACAGAUCAGCAGUUGAACAAGCUGGCGAGGAGGCUGGGACCUGAAUGGGAGCAUGUAGUUCUGUGCUUGGGUUUGUCCCAUACUGACAUCUAUCGAUGUAAAGUCAAUCACCCUCACAACCUGCAGUCACAGAUCGUAGCUGCUUUUGUCCUGUGGAAACAGCGUUUGGGGAAACAAGCAACAAUCCAAAGGCUGCAUGCCAGUCUGAAAGCAGAGGAAGUGGAUCCUUCAGUGAUACAGUACAUGCUUGAGUGAAACCAUGCUAUUUAUUCACAGCUUCCAUGUAUUUCAUUAAAUCGAGUAAAGAGGAUGGAAAUGUAUGUUGAAGAUCAGAUGCCUCAAACUGUAAAAAAAAUGGGUCUGGGAACUGUGAUUUUAUUAAGAUUAAACAUUCCAGUUUUCUAUAGCAUCUUGUGACUUGUAAUUCUUUUCAUGCCAGAUUAAUUUUUAGCAGGCAUUAAAAAGUGGAUCGCUUUUUCCUGUUCCCUUUUGUGCUAUUUCAGUGGGG